UUAAGUUACAAUGGCUACACUGCAACUGGUUAGUCAAGGUGCUGAGGGUCGACUGUUUGAAACAACCUUUCUCGGGAAACCUUGUCUUAAGAAAGAAAGAUUUAAGAAAGCCUACAGACACCCUGUACUUGAUGAGAAACUUACCAACAAGAGACUUACUCAGGAGUGUCGCUCGUUAAGCAAAUGCAGAAGUUUGGGAAUCAGAACUCCUACUGUGUACUACGUGGAUCACAAAACCAACACUAUUUACAUGGAGUACAUGAAACACACUGUAGUUCUCAAGGACUUCAUAGACGAACACGUUGCCCGUGGAGAGCGAACUAUUCUAGAAGACCUGUGCUACAACGUUGGUUACACUAUAGGCCUGCUCCACAACGGAGACAUUAUACACGGUGACUUGACCACCUCCAACAUCUUAGUAAUGAAGAGAAUAGACAAGUACGACUGUGUUAUGAUAGACUUUGGACUGAGUAUCAACUCCUCGUUGGUUGAGGACAAAGGAGUGGAUUUGUAUGUGUUGGAGAAGGCGUUUCUUAGUACCCAUCCCAAUUCUCAAGACUUGUUUGAUAAGAUAUUAGCGGGUUAUUGCAGCGUAGCUCGGGCUCAGAAAGCUGUGGUCACCAAGUUGCGGGAAGUAAGAUUAAGGGGCCGAAAACGGAGUAUGGUAGGCUGAAGUGAUUUUAAUCCUAGGGUGAAUUUUAAUUGUUUCUGUUGCUGCUUGAUAUUAUACUGUACUGAAAUAUUGUCGCAGAAGGAAUUGGUGCUCUGGUAUUUCAAAUAUUUGCAUGUUUUCAUAUUUAUUACUCAUACUGUUCCUAGAUGGAUUUGGCCCCUCACUACCAUGCAAUUUUGGGGGUAACACCACUAUGUUUUGACACAGACAGCUGUUUGCAUAUUUGAUAAGUUCUCCGAAAGAUACAGGCUCGCUAGAGGCCAUCUCCAUCAGGAACAUUAUUGACCAUACUUUGUUUAAGGUUGUCGUAUGAUCUUUGAUUUUAUUGUAAUGCUACGAUCACCAUGCUACGAUCACCAUGCCUCAGGGAGGCCCCCCGCAACCGCACCUUCCGUCGUAACAGGUCCUAGGACCUUGCAUGAUGGAGGAGUAUCAGUCGCUUCAACUACUGUUCCCCAGACCAACAAUAUCCCCCCUAAUAACACCACCCAUAGCAACACCAACAUCAACACUCAACACAACAACAACAACAACAACACU